AUUGACGUCGAACCUCUUUUCUGCGCAUCAUAUCUCGCCCGAACAAGUAAUAAUUCCACCCCCCGCACUAGCGAUUUUUUUCUUCUGUGCUACUCACCCACUUGUUUUCUUGGAAAUAAAGCGAAGUAACCCAAAGUCCGAUCUAAGGAAACUAGAAAAAUUAGCGAAGAAACGAGACGACUAAACUACGGAAGCGUCAAGAAGAGGACACACACACUAUAAUAUUAUACACUAUACUAUACGUUUCAUAUACGAAUAAGUACGAGGGGUUGCGGAUCUCAAUGCGCGCGCGCGCGCGCCACUGAUAUGGCUGGUCGGCUGAUGGAAAAAACAGAUGUUUACAAAACAAACAUGGACGACCAGGUGACGCGAAUGGAAGAAGAAACCAUGGAAAAUAAGGAUACCUGCAAAUUUCUUUUCAAGAAGAGGGUGAGGAAGCAGGUGCAGUCCAGAAAGCGCGAAAAGAGGGAUGACGAUGAGAGCAGUGACGAUGACACAACUACUGUUGUCAAAAAAGAAAAAAAAAUCGACAAAUCAAAUCCCUUGAUACAGAGGACAAAUUCUAAAAGACAAGGGAAACCUAAGCAUUCAAGCGACAGUGAAGAUGAAUCUGUGUUGGUGUCAUACAAGAGUAAGAAGACUGCAUUGCCAUCUGGUCCAUGUGAUCAAGGAGCUACGGCGACUUUAGAGACAGAGACAGAACUGGAUAGAGAUGCGCAAGCAAUAUUUGAAAAGGCUCAAAAGAUUAAUGAAGAAUUGGAAGGUAAAGAAGAUGAUAAGAUAUAUCGAGGAAUGAACAACUAUGCACAGUAUUACAAGAAGAAAGACACGGCGGCUGGCAAUGCAUCCAGUGGUAUGGUUCGUAAAGGCCCCAUCAGAGCACCAGCUAAUUUAAGAGCAACUGUUAGAUGGGAUUACCAACCCGAUAUUUGCAAAGAUUACAAAGAAACUGGAUUUUGUGGUUUUGGAGACAGUUGUAAAUUCCUGCACGAUCGGUCGGAUUACAAGUUGGGGUGGCAAUUAGAGCGUGAAGCAGCGACUGGUACACAUGACGCUAGUGGCGACGAAGAUGAUACAAAAUACGAGAUUGAUAGCGAUGAAGAACAUCUUCCUUUCAAAUGCUUCAUAUGUAGGGAGCGAUUUACAGAUCCUGUCGUGACGAAGUGUAAACAUUAUUUUUGCGAAAAGUGCGCUCUUGCACAAUACAAGAAGAGCACAAGGUGUUUCAUAUGCAACGUCCAAACAAACGGCGUGUUUAACCCUGCAAAGGAGAUUAUGAAGAAAAUGGAGGAAAUGGAGGACAAGGCAGUAUCAGACGACGACAGCGACUGAGAAGCCAAAUCGUGUAUAAAUAAUUCUGUGAUUGUACAGAGAUUCUAGGAAAAUGAAUUGUUCUUAUAGAUUUUAUUUUAGUGAAGAGGAUGACAAUAGACUGGAUUUUAAAUUAUCAUGUUGUGGGAUUUAUUGCAGAAUCCUAAGUUAUACUUAAUCGUAAAAGAUCAACAUAUAGCGUCUAAGCUGAAAAGAAUAAAUCGUUACUUUUUCAUAAAACGAA